UAAAUUACACACACACCCACAAGUUCAAAAACAAGAUAAAUAUUAUUUUCUUCAACUCAUUUUAAUUGAAAAAGAAGAUGAGGACUCCUUCUCUUCUUGGUUGGUUCUUGAUCAUCUCCUUAUUGUUACUCUCUCAAUCUCUCAUUAUUUCAUGCGAGACUUAUGGAAGCAAGAUCGUUCCUUUGGGUCGGAAACUAGUUGAACAUGGAGAGAACGCGUAUGAGUCUAACGGUCAACACCAUGAUCACCUUCGAGUUUUUGUGAGGAAAAGCAAAAGCAAAAGCAAGAAGAAGAAGAAGGACAAAUCAUCAGCCACACGAACUCUUCUCUCUAACCCAUUUACCUACGUAUCUACUGUUGUAAGUUCCUUUGUUUUAGUGCUCGCUGCAUUCUAAUCUAUUUCACCAAGAUAAUAUAGCUUGCGACUUGUAUUUGUUUUUCUUCUGUUCGUCAAAUGGCUUGAGUUUGCGUGUUUGUUUGACUUGGUGUUUGCGAAUGAGUUUAAACUAUAUUUGUAUUGUUUUCCGGCAAAGAUUGAGUUUGACUUAAGUUGUUUGUUGUGGUUGUCUAAUAUUGUGGUUCCACAGUUGGUAUUUUUUUUUUUUUUGAUUUA